AUGUUCUUUGAUGCAUGGCCGGAAUUUCAAUGUCUGGCCUGCUGCACCAACGUCGAUUCGGUGAUCACGAAGGACGAAGUACCUGCAGAGAAGCUCGUGCCAGUCGCGACGGUGUUUUCAAGACCUGUAGAUGUCACUUUGGCGGACCCAUGUGUGGAAGAGGUGCUCCAAAGCAGGCCAAUGGUGUGCAGACGCCCACGGGUCCAACAAGCCAGCGGGGACGAGGAGGAUGUGCCUGUCGAGGUCGUCGGUGACGACUGGUCGCAGCAGCCUCCUGAGAGAAGUUUCGGCUCCUCAUCACCUCGCCUACCUUUCGAAGACGUGCAGCGGAUUGUGGUCACCGACCUCAAAAACUUCAAAGGACACAUUCGGUCACCAGAUCAGCGAGACAUGUUCGCACUGAUCAUGGCCAGGUUUGCAAAUGCCGAAGUGCAAGAGAAACUAUCCCCUCUUUUGGGACGAGUGUCCAUGAUGAAGAGUCAGGCAUUGCGAGAGACUGGUGUCACUGCCACACCACCCAAAGGGAUGCUGCCCAUUAUUGCCACUUGGAGAUCGUUGAAAACCGAGUACUAUUAUUUCUAUUUCGAGCUCGGCGACAGAUCCGACAUUGAAUUUCCACAGGAGCCUUUAGCUAUCGAACAUUGGAGGUGCGGACGGCUGUUGCGAAUUGCGACGGCCUUCCUGUGCAACGACACACUGUCACAGGUCCCAGCUGCUUUCGGUCGGCUCACGGAUGAGGAGCAAGCCGGUGCAGAUGACUUUGAGGAUGGUGAUGGAUUGGUGAUUCCAGUGGUUUCACGAGAUGAAGCGUCCUUCGGUGGUCUCACCCUUGAAAAGACUUUGCGGCGAUACCAGGAUGCUUGCGAAGCCGACCAGCCGAACGGGGUGUUGCAGAUUGAAUUGGGCCAGGGAGAUGACGAUUCCGCGGCCUUCUCCGCCGGUGGUGUUGCUGAGGCAGAUGCCGGUGGCGGGGCAACGAAGGCACAGGUUGCCGGCGACGCCAGCUACGAAGGUGGUUGGCUGAAUGGCCAGAAGCAUGGCCAGGGAAGCCUCACGCUGAAGGAUGGCUCCAAAUAUGUGGGUCAGUUCAAGAAUGACAAGAAAGAUGGAAGUGGCGUCUAUCAUUAUCCAUCGGGUGCGAAGUACACGGGUCAGUGGGUCAACGAUCUUCAAGAAGGAGAUGGCAAAGAGGAGUGGGCCGACGGAUCUGUCUUCGAGGGCCAGUUCAAGGCUGGUGCCAAACAUGGGCGCGGGAAGUUCGUUUGGUCCACGCUGUGCCGCUACGAAGGUGAGUUCGACAAUAACGACAUGCACGGGGAAGGCGUUUACACUUGGAAUGAUGGCCGUGGCUAUUCUGGCCAGUGGAAUCGGAACACCAUGGCGCCCAGAGGGAAGAUGUGGUGGUCAGAUGGUCGCACAUACGAGGGCGAGUUCCUGGAUGGGCGGAAGCACGGCGAGGGAACCUUGAAGUGGCCGGAUGGGCGGUCUUACAGCGGACAGUGGCAGGAUGGCAAGCAACAUGGCACCGCCAUAGCCCGAACGGCCAAGGGCCUGCGACGCCAGAGCAAUUGGAAGGACUGCAGGUUGUGUGCGUUUGUGUGUGUGUGUGUUAGAUUGUUGCAUGAAGCGCGGGUUGGUCAGGAAGGUCCAGCGUCCCUGCGAAAACGCGGACCCGCCCAAGAAAGAUGA